AUGCAGCGUGCUCUCUCCUCCCGCGCCCGGGCGUCCGUUCUCUCCACUGCCACGGCCAACAAGUACCGUGCCGGUGCUGGUCUGUCCCAGCAGCUCAGAUUCGCUCACAAGGAGCUUCGCUUCGGUGUUGAAGGCCGCGCCGCCCUGCUGAAGGGUGUUGAGACCCUCGCCAAGGCCGUUGCCACGACCCUCGGUCCCAAGGGACGCAAUGUCCUGAUCGAGUCGAGCUACGGCUCCCCGAAGAUCACGAAGGAUGGUGUCACCGUGGCCAAGGCCAUCAGCCUUCAGGACAAGUUCGAGAACCUCGGUGCCCGACUUCUCCAGGACGUCGCCUCGAAAACCAACGAGUCUGCCGGUGACGGCACCACCUCCGCCACUGUCCUCGCCCGCGCCAUCUUCUCAGAGACCGUGAAGAAUGUCGCUGCUGGUUGCAACCCCAUGGACCUGCGCCGCGGCACACAGGCUGCCGUGGAUGCCGUCGUCGAGUACCUCCAGGCCAACAAGAGGGACAUCACCACCAGCGAGGAGAUCGCCCAGGUCGCCACCAUCAGUGCCAACGGCGACACUCACAUCGGUGCCCUGAUCGCCAACGCCAUGGAGAAAGUUGGAAAGGAGGGUGUCAUCACCGUCAAGGAGGGUAAGACCGUCAACGAUGAGCUCGAGGUUACCGAGGGUAUGCGCUUCGACCGCGGCUUUGUCUCCCCAUACUUCAUCACCGACACCAAGUCCCAGAAGGUCGAGUUCGAGAAGCCUUUGAUCCUCCUGUCCGAGAAGAAGAUCUCUGCUGUCCAGGACAUCAUCCCCGCUCUCGAGGCGUCUACUCAGCAGCGCCGCCCGCUCGUAAUCAUUGCCGAGGACAUUGAUGGUGAGGCUCUGGCUGUCUGCAUUCUCAACAAGCUCCGUGGACAGCUCCAGGUUGCUGCUGUCAAGGCCCCCGGCUUUGGCGAUAACCGCAAGUCUAUCCUCGGCGAUAUCGCCGUGCUCACCAAUGGUACCGUCUUCACCGAUGAGCUUGAUAUCAAGCUGGAGAAGGCCACCCCCGACCUGCUCGGUUCCACCGGCUCCAUUACCAUCACCAAGGAGGACACCAUCAUCCUCAACGGCGAGGGCAGCAAGGAUGCCAUUACCCAGCGCUGCGAGCAGAUUCGUGGUGUCAUGGCUGACCCCACGACCUCCGACUACGAGAAGGAGAAGCUUCAGGAGCGUCUCGCCAAGCUUUCUGGCGGCGUCGCCGUCAUCAAGGUCGGCGGCUCUUCCGAGGUCGAGGUCGGCGAGAAGAAGGACCGCUUCGUGGACGCUCUGAACGCCACCCGCGCAGCCGUUGAGGAGGGCAUUCUCCCCGGUGGUGGUACCGCUCUCAUCAAGGCGUCCGUCCACGCUCUCAAGAACGUCAAGUCUGCCAACUUUGACCAGCAGCUUGGUGUCAGCAUUGUCAAGAACGCCAUUACCCGUCCCGCCAAGACCAUUGUUGAGAACGCCGGCCUCGAAGGCUCUGUUGUUGUUGGCAAGCUCCAGGACGAGUUUGCUAAUGACUUCAACAAGGGCUUCGACAGCUCCAAGGGCGAGUACGUCGACAUGAUCCAGGCCGGUAUCCUUGACCCCCUCAAGGUUGUCCGCACUGGCCUUCGGGAUGCCAGCGGAGUUGCCUCUCUGCUUGGUACUACCGAGGUCGCCAUUGUCGAGGCUGCCGAGGAGAAGGGCCCUGCCGGCAUGGGCGGCAUGGGUGGUAUGGGUGGCAUGGGCGGUAUGGGCGGUAUGGGCGGCAUGAUGUAA